AUGGAAGCCAUCAACCUGCGCAACAACCAGCUGACGGGCCCUGUACUGCAGCCCAUCCCACCAACAAUCACCUCCUACAAUCUCGAUCUCAACUAUUUCUCCUCAGGCUUCUCCUCCCCACCUGACUGCUCCCAAGGCUCCAUCUCCUUUCGCUUCAACUGCCUCCAAACCCCUACCCAAGGCUUCUCCUGCCCUACCCCAGCCACGCCCUCUGCUGCGGAUGCAGCGGUGCAGCGGCCGGAGGAGCUCUGUGCUGCCUUCUGCGGCGUGAGUGCUGCCGAUCCCCCGUGCGACGGCCAUGGCGUGUGCUACCUGGAGGGCCCCAGCAGAGUGCCCACGUGUGACUGCGAGUCUGGGUUUGUCAAUGGGGAGUUUCCUGGAAGCUGCAUCGCUGAAGGCAGCGAAGACCCAUUAAGUGUGCGGCCGACAGCAGCACAGACAGCAGUGAAAGGGGGGGCUUCAGUGGCAAACGACGGGCGCAUCACACUCACAGCCUCUCAUCUGAACAAGUGGGGUGCAGCCUUCCUCCAACUGCCCAUCCCACUCUUCUCCUUCGCACUCAAGGCCGGUGCCUGCGGCCGCCCCUUGGCCUUCACCGUCUAUUUCUCCUUCUCCAUUCUCAAACCAGCCACCGCCAGCAGGGCAGCAGCCACAGCGGCAGGUGACGCGGGGGAUGGUUUUGCGUUUGUGAUUGCAGCCAGCGACGCUGCUACGGGCGGUAGCAGUGGCAACAGUGACGGCAGUGGUGGGGGCGGCAGCUUGGGGUAUUCUGGCAUGGAUGAGCGCAGCAUAGCCGUGGAGUUUGACACUUCUAAGAGCACUGAUGCCAACGACCCAGACAACAACCACGUGGGAGUGAGUGUGAGGGGCAACACCUCUUCCAUCGCAACUGCCAAAGCGCCCUUCACUCUCAACGACGGAAAGCCAAAGCAAGCCUGGGUCGUCUUCGAACCCUCUCCUUCCUCCUCUGGCGGUGCUGCUAGUGGCAGCGCUACCUAUGGCAGCAGCAACAGCAGCGGCGGCGGCACGGGGUGGCUGCGGGUGUUUCUGUCGGCCAGGGGGUCCCCUCGACCGAGCAAGGCAGUGCUGGCGAUGCAGGUGUCGCUGUGCGAGUUCCUGCAGCCCAGUGCAGCCGAGGCAUCGUUCCUCAUGGGCUUCACUGCUUCCUCCUCUGACUCCCCUCAGCAGCACUCCAUCCUUGAGUGGAACAUCACCACAGGUCCUUACCGCUGCUCAAUGCUGCUCCCUGCUGCCACCCCCUCCGUUCUCCUCUACUCCCGCGUGCUUAUCGCUUCGGACUGCCAGCAGUUUGGGUUCCAGUUCAGCGAGGCAUCGCUGGCACCAGUGGGGGCGAACCUGUUUUUCCGCUACGCCAGUGCGGGCGUGCAAGCAGUGCUGCCAGCAGGUACAGCAGGAGCGGAAGGGGGAAGCGGCAAGGAGGAGGAGGUGUGGGUUGUGAGCCAGGCGUUCUCCUGGACCGACCAGGGGCUUUCUUGGCCUGUCCAGAACCAAGGCGCCUGCGGUGACUGCUGGGCGUACGCGGUGGUGGGCAGCAUAGAAAUGGCAUAUGGCAUUCUCUCCAACCUCACUGUUGUGCCACACCUCUCCGUCACCCAGCUGCGCAGCGCCCUCGGCGCCUCAUGCUCGCAGGGCAACUCGCCCUCCCAGGCCUUCCAGUACCUCGUCACUCUCAACGCCAAGAGCAAAGUGGGACUCACGGAGGACGGCGGGACCGGGGUGGUGGUGAGCGGGGGCGGGGCCACGAAGAGCAGCAGCCAGAGCCCGCUCUGUAGCAUGCCCAUCUUUUCUCUGCUCGCACAAGCGCUUGGGAUCUCCUGCGGCAAAGGCCACACCCCUGGAACAAGCAAGCCAUCAAGGGGGGCGUUUAGAGUGAACGGGUUUGAGCGCACGUCAUUCCACGGCUGGUUUGGGCUGCUGCUGGCCGUGCAGCGACAGCCCGUGGUGGUGCAUGUGCAGGCCACCGUCCCCUCUUUCCUCGACUAUGAUGGGCUAUCCAAGUACGCGGACCCCUCGUGCUUCACGUACAACUUGAACCACGUGGUGCUGCUGGUGGGCUAUCGCCUCACCGGCUCAGACCCCACCUUCCCGCACAUGGCGCCGCCCUUCUGGAUCAUCCGCAACUCAUGGGGCCCGGAGUGGGGCGACGGCGGGCACAUGCGGAUGGACAUCCAGGGGGGCGACGGCGUGUGUGGGAUCAACAUGCUGCCUGGGAUCUACCCGGUGGUGCGCGCUGCCAAGGACCCCUGCAACGUCAACGGCACCACCAGUGGGGUGUUUGGGCCGCUCUUCAACCCCUGUGGCAACUUCACGUGCACGCCCACGCCUGAUGGGGCCAGCAACCACUGCGACUGCAACGACCCGCGAUUCGUCGAGGCGCUUCAACCGGACAACUCGCGCACCUGUGCUUACAGUGAGCGCUCUCCCCUGUGCUUACAGGCAGCGGUGCACAAUCCAUGUGCAGUGGGCACGUGUGUGAAUGAUGGCAAGGGGUCGUACUCGUGUGUGUGCCCUCCUGGCUUCAGGCAGGGCACCACUGUUGAUGGCACCUUCUCCUGCGGUCCAGGCGACUCCAGCAGCACAUACAAGGUGGUGUCGUUGGGUGUCACGUGUGCCGACAUCCACCCCGUCUACGGCCUCACUCUCGCCCACCUGCAACAACAAAAUCCCGGUCUGAGCUGCAGCGCUCCUCUCGCUGUCGGCACGGUGGUGAACGUGGUCCAGCCAGCCGACCUCACGCCCUGCUCCGUCUACUACACCACGUCAGAGCGCUGCCCAGCAGCCCUUUUCCCAGGACUGCAAUUCCACGUCUCCUUUCAUCCUCCUCUCCCAUCAUCCACUCUCCUCCCCCAUUUCCCCCCGCCUCUCUCCCACCCCUCCUCGCUCCCAUCCCCCCAGGGCGACACAUGCGAGUCGCUAGCGAAAUACUUCUCCCUCAUCGGCAACUGCUAUGAGCCCUGCGCAGCGGCCUUCCAGGCGCUCAACCGCGGGCUGGACUGCUCCGGCAGCGGGGAGCUGGUGGGCAGCCAGGCGGUGUGUGUGGAGCGGCGGGCGGAGAGUGCAACGGCGCUGCUCAUCCCGGUGUGCUCGCAGUUCUAUCUGGUGCAGGCCGGGGAGACGUGCGACCAGAUCCGCUCCGUGCCCUCCCCGCCGCUCUCCCCUCUCGAGUUCUUCCGCCUCAACCCCGGCAUCAAGUGCAGCCGCCUCGUGCCCAAGACUGACGUCGGCAGCCUCACAGGCUUCGAGGUCUCCCUCUGCUCUCCCACUGCUCUCCCUCUGCUCUCCCACUGCUCUCCCUCUGCUCUCUUCUUUGUCCACAUUACCCUCUCCCCUGCUUCAUUCUAUCCUCCGCUGCAUUCUCUCCUCCCUUUCUUCACCCUCUCCCCAGUCGUCCGUGCCCUCUCCUUUUGCCACUUGCUUUCAUGA